AAAACUUCUCUUCAUCUGUUUCUUAUGUGCUCUCUUAUUCAAUAUCAUAUCCAUGGCAUCCUGUAGCUCGAACUCCCCGUCCAGUUCUUCAGGAGGUUCCUUCUUCCUCUCUUAUUUUGGAGAAACGGAGUUCAAUGAGUUGCUCCAAUUAUUAGGUCCCGGAAUAGAGGCGGGCCCUGACGUUAAUGUUGCUUCCAUGACAAGCCGUUCCUUCGAGGAUGAUACUGGUGGUCCCUCUUCUAGCGGGUUACUAUCGGGUCCCGAGCUUGACUAUUAUCAUAUCCCUGUCGAUAUAGGGAAUGAUACCGCAAAGGCUUCUUCAUCCUCAUCAUCAUCGCUUCCAGUGGCGGGAAAUGAUAUUGAUCUUUCUUCCUACGAUACGUCGAUCCUGUCUACUGCGAUCAGUCCAAUAGUGAAUUUGGCCCGAGAGCUUGGAGCAUAUCGUAUUCCCCGACAGCCACUGCGUGAUGAGCUUGUGCGACUGUAUUUCCGAGCAGUCCAUCCGGUCUUCCCUGUUAUCAACGAAAUCGACUUCUGUCGAUCAUAUUUCCCCUCCGAGGGCCGGGAGUUACCAGAGGAUAUUCCCCUAAUCCUGUUUCAGGCUAUGAUGUUCGCUGCAUUUGCUCAUGUCAACAACACAGAGCUGCGUCGUUCUGGUUUUCAAUCCAUCCACGAAGCUCAAUAUAAGACAUUCCAAAAAGUGAAGCUUCUAUAUGCCACUGCACGCGAGAGAAACCACUUGCUCCUCGCUAAAGUCUCUGUCCUUCUGUCUUUAUGGAGCCCCCAAGAUUCCAGCAUGCAUGUUAACAGUUAUUGGGUUGGAAGAGCUGUACACCAUAUACGCCUCUCGCACGCAUCGCGCCCAUUGAAUUGUUCUGAAAAACCUAGGGAUCGACGCCGAAUCGUAGCUUGGUGCUGCCACAACCGCGACACAAUGGUGGCCUUUGGACUCCGGCGACCCUAUCGGAUGCAUGAUCUGAGCAGAUUAAUAUCUGCCAUGAAUCCUGGACAGCUUCACCACGACUUUGACGCUCAUGGAAGUGGUAUUUUCGAUUCCGUCGUCAUCGACGAGACCAGUCGGAAUCGGAUGAUAUCUAACUUUAUAUGGCAUUGCAAAUUCUGUCAACACAUACGCACUAUUGUAGCCUUUCAGCGGGAUCUCCAUUUUCAGAAAAGCUGGGCAGGUCCUGACGGGGAUACCAUCGACGAUGAACAUAUCCGCCAGGUGCAAGAGAUGACUUCAAAACUCGGCAUGCUGAGUUUAGAGCAUGACGAUAUUAUAAGGUCCAAUCCUACAGCAUCUCAGAGCAAUUCAAUAUUGGUAUUUGACUCUGUUCACCCUUACAUGAUGAAGAUAAUGAACCUUUCUACCAUCGUCCAGCUAUACCUACCAUAUGUCAAUUUUGAUGGGUCGGCAGCCUGUGAUGAAUUUUCCCAAGAGGCGGUCCAGAAAAUGCGAAAAGCCUCGCAUGCUGUGGCGUCAAUUUGCGGCAGACUACUUGCUGCUGUGACAUUGCAGCACGUCCCUGUCUAUAUGUAAGUAUGGCGGCCCGUUGAAUAUUUACAGGGUCAUUCUGAUAGAUGGUAUUUAGACUGGCUUGGAUUAUUGGCCCAAGCGCAGUCCUGCUGCUGGAAGAACGAUACUGGACGGAUACGGCUGCAUCCAACGGUGAAGGUCAGAACUUGGGACGUUCCUCCCAUCCUCGCGGAGAUGUACAGCAUCUGCUACGUCUGCUUGACUUUCUCAAACAACGUUUCCUGGCUGGCGAGUAUAUGUGCCGUCUGCUGGCAAAGAUGGUUCAUCAUGUGGCCGCUCAAUACCCAGACAACUCCGAACGGAUCAGAACUGGCGAUAAUAGUGACAAUGUAUAUCUCAAGCGAUAUCAGAUGGAAGCCAGUGAUUAUUAUGAUUCAAGCACCAAUAAUCACCAGGGAGAACGCGAGGUCCUUGACAUGGCGAUGAGGUUGAUGGAGCUUGAUUUGGCAUACGGCCGACCUGGUCUCCAACUGGGGCACGUAAAUCAGCCAGCAGGACCCUCGCAUAUUCAACCGAUUUGAUGCCAUGACUCGGCAGUAGUUCCUUGUCAGAAAAGAUGCAUAUAUACAUCUCGAUAGAGCGUCUUCGUUCUUCAAGUAGCGUUGUCAUUGGCCUGGACAUGCCCCUGAGGGAAUGCUUGAGUUGAUAUAGCCUCAACUGAGGACUGAUACGGAGUGCCGGUUUACUAACAGGAGUCACAGGGUCACAGCCUACGUGCACGUCGACGACUGACCAUAGGACUCUUGUCUCUCUCGCGGACGGCCCAGGUCGACUUUGUUCUAAAGAUCUGAUCCAGAAACUUUAAACCGGUACCAGAAGGGGCCGCUAGACGGGAAAGCCGCCGGACCAAGGUUGAUGAAAUCUCACGAACGACCUUCAGUGGCUCCAGACUGCACAGAGCGAUACUUUUUGUACAAAGUUCAUGGCUGGGAACGUGGACAUUAACAUGUCUAUUCCGUGGACGUAUUCGGGUCUGACUCUCGAGGACCAGGAUUCUUCCAGCUAUGAGUCAUAUCUAAUUUAUCUGCCCUAUAUAAAGCCGUGGAUCAUCAGUAUAUAACCAAGCUAACAAUAGACUGAGAACGAUGGUAUUAUGAUAUCUAUUUGCAAUUCCCCAUCUCCGCGAAGCUUGGCUGUCAUCCCAAACAGGCAAUAAUAACCCAAUAUGACUGACAAGUAGCACUACAAACACAUAAGCAGUCCCA